CUGCGGGACUACGCCGUCGCGCCCCUCUCCGAGGAAUUCGCGUUUCGCGCGUGCGUCGCCACCUCGUUAGCGUGGAGCGGUUCGUGCACAGUCGCGUCCGUGGUGUUCCUAUCGCCGAUGUGCUUCGGCGCCGCGCACCUGCACCACUUCAGGGAGCUACGACGAAGGGGUUUAGGGUUAGUUGGGGCGCUGGCGGCCAUCGGGGCGCAGUUCGCGUACACCACCGCGUUUGGAUGGUUCGCGACGUUUACGUUUCUUCGAACCGGGCACCUGUGCGGGCCGGUGUUCGCGCACUCGUUCUGCAACGUGAUGGGUUUGCCGGACUUGAGGGGCGCGUUAAGGCAUCGGCGGCGAAGCGUGAUUUGCGGCGCGUACGUCGUGGGAAUCGCCGCGUUCAUCGCGGGUCUGUGGCCGGCGACGGACCCUCGACUGCAC